AUGAUUAUGGCACAAGCGUUAACAUCAGAUAUCGAAGUAAUAAAUGAUCUUUCAUUCAAUCAAUCAUCAACUACAACAAAUAAUGAAAAUAAAGAAAGUAUAACACUUAUUUGGUUUGAUCCAAAUAUUGGAUCACGUCAAGAAACUGAACAAACAAAACAAGAACUUCGUUCAAUUAAUGAUUUUGUUAUUUUUUUUACUGAACGCGAAGAAUGUAUUUCAUUCAUUCAAUCAAUUGAUAAAGAAAAAAUCUUUUUAAUUGUAUCAGGAUCAAAAGCAUCAGAAAUUUUACCUCGAAUUUCUUCUAAUCAAAACAUCGAUUCAAUUUUUAUCUUUUGUAAAAAAAGAGACCGAUAUGAAAAUUUAAUGAAUGAAUAUCGGAAAAUAGUUGGGAUUUAUAUAAAUCUUGAUGAUUUAUGUGAAUCAAUUAAAGAUCAAAUUAGUCUUUUUAAUAAACAAAUACAAGUAUUUUCUAUUUUUGAUCAACAUCAAACAUCGACAAAAGAUUUACUCAAAGAAUCAGCAGAAUUUCUUUGGUUUCAAUUAUUUAAUUAUGUUACAGCUUGUCUUCCACGAAAUCAACAAGCAAAACAACAAAUGAUUCAAAUAUGUAAAGAUUAUUAUCGUGGAAAUAUAACAGAAAUGAAACAUAUUCAAGAAUUUGAACAAAAUUAUCGAUCAGAAGAUGCUAUUCGUUGGUAUUCAAAACAAUCAUUUAUCUAUAAAUUAAUUAAUAAAGCAUUACGAAUAGAAGAUAUUGAUUUCUUAUAUAUAUUUCGAUUUUUUAUUGGUGAUCUUUCUCAAAAUCUUCAACAUGAACAUAAAAAAAUUUUAUUAUCUGAAGAAAAAAUUUUAAAUGUUUAUCGUGGAGUUAAACUUAAUAAACAAGAAUUUAAUAAAUUAAAAGAAAAUCAAGGAAAACUUAUUUCAACAAAUGGAUAUUUAUCUACUAGCCGACGAAUGUCAUCAGCAUUAAGUUUUGCAGUAAAACCAACAACAAGAACUGAUUUUAUUCCUGUUCUUUUUCAUAUUCAAUUCGAUAUUGAACAAGUUGAUAAAAAUAUUAUUUUUGCUGACAUUCAUCAAUUAAGUGAAUAUCCAGAUGAGGAAGAAAUUUUAUUUGAUUUAAAUGCUUGUUUUCAAAUUGAAUCUAUUGAAGAAGAUGAAUCAUUACAAAUCGUUAAAAUGAAUCUUUCAAAUGAAGGACAAAAAAUUACUAAAAAUUUUAUUGAAUUAACAAAACAAGAAACAGAAGAACUAAGUGUUUCGAUUGUUUUUGGAAGAUUAUUAUGUGAUAUAGGUAAAUAUGAUAAAUCACAAAAAUAUUUUCAACAAUUAUUGAAUGACUCACAUGAUGAAGAUCGUGCAUGGAUUGAAUUUAAUAUUGGUCGAGCUCUUCAUUACAAAGACAAAUUCAAUGAAGCUCGCGAAUAUUAUGAUCGGGCACAUGAUCGAAUGAUGAAAACCGAACCACCACGAGUGAAAGAUACUGCUAAAGUUCUCAACAAUGUUGGUAACCUUCUCUAUCGACAAGGAAAGUAUAAUGAAGCUCUCGACUAUCAUCAACGAGCAUUAGAAAUUCGAGAGAAAUAUUAUCCAGUUGGUCAUGCGGAUGUUGCUCAUAGUCUCAAUAAUAUUGCUCUUAUUUUCGAUCAUAAAGGAAAAUGCGAUGAAGCCCUUCAAUAUCAUCAACGAGCAUUGAAAAUUCGAGAGGAAUUUUAUCCAUAUGGUCAUCCGGAUGUUGCUGUAAGUCUUGACAAUAUUGGUCUUAUUUUCGAUAAUCAAGGAAAAUACGAUGAAGCUCUGGAUUAUUAUCGACGAGCAUUGAAAAUUCGAGAGCAAUUUUAUCCAUCUGGUCAUGUUGAUCUUGCUAAAAGUCUCUACAACAUUGGUAAAGCUUUGUAUAGAAAAGAAAAAUACGAUGAAGCACUUGACUAUUAUCAACGAGCAUUGAAAAUUCGAAAAAAAUUUUAUUCAUCUGAUCAUGUGGCUGUUGCUGAUAGCCUCUACAACAUUGGUAAUACUUAUCAUCGACAAGGAAAGUACGAUGAAGCUCUCAAAUACUAUGAAUGGGCACUGAAAGUGCAAGAGAAACUUUAUCCAUCUGGUCAUGUUGAUAUUGCUCUUAGUCUACACACUAUUGGUCUUCUUCUCGAUAAUCAAGGAAAAACCGACGAAGCUCUCGAUUAUUAUCAAAGAUCAUUGGAAGUUCGAGAGAAACUUUAUUCAUCUGGUCAUGGUGAUAUUUCUCAAAGCCUCAAUAGUAUUGGUAAUAUUUUGUAUAGACAAGGAAAGUAUGAUGAAGCUCUUCAACACUAUCAACGAGCAUUUAGAAUUGAAGAGAAACUGUAUCGAUCUGGUCAUUUCGAUAUAUCUCUUAGUCUCCACAAAAUUGGUGACACUUGCCGUCGACAAAGAAACUACGAUCAAGCUUUCCAAUACUAUCAACGUGCACUGGAAAUUCAAGAGAAGCUUUGUCUGUCUGUUCAGACCGAUAUUGCUCAUAGUCUUAACAACAUGGGUGUUACUCUCGAUAGUCAAGGAAAAUACGAUGAAGCUCUCAAUUAUCAUCAAAGAGCAUUGGAAAUUCGAAAGAAACUUUAUCCAUCUGGUAAUGUUGAUGUUGCUGAUAGUCUUCACAACAUUGGUGUUAAUCUCAAUAGUCAAAGAAAAUAUGAUGAAGCUUUAGAUUAUUAUCGAAGGUCAUUGGAAAUUCGAAAGAAAUUUCAUCCAUCUGAUCAUGUUGAUAUUUCUCAAACUCUCAACAACAUGGGCAAUAUUUUAUAUAUACAAGGAAAAUACGAUGAAGCUUUGUGCAAUUAUCAACAAUCAUUGGAAAUUCGAGAGAAAUUAUAUCCAUCUGAUCAUGCCAAUAUUGCUGAAAGUGUCUUCAACCUUGGUAACACUUACCGUCGACAAAGAAAGUAUGAUGAAGCUUUCCAAUAUUAUCAACGAGCAUUGAAGAUUCUAGAGAAGCUCUACCCUUCCGGUCAUGUCGAUAUUGCCCAUACUCUUUAUAAAAUGGGUCUUAUUCUUGAUAUUCAAGAAAAAUACGAUGAAGCUCUCAGUUAUCAUCAAAGAGCAUUGAAAAUUCGAGAGAAAUUGCAUCCAUCUGAUCAUAUCGAUAUUGCUCAAAGCCUCAAUAACAUUGGCAAUAUUUUAUAUAGACAAGGAAAGUACGAUGAAACUUUGUGCAAUCAUCAACGAUCAUUGGAAAUUCAAGAGAAAUUAUAUCCAUCUGGUCAUGACAAUGUUGCUGAAUGUCUCUACAAGAUUGCUAAUACUUAUCGUCGACAAAAAAAGUAUGAUGCAGCUCUUCAAUACUAUCGUCAAGCAUUGGACACUCUAGAAAAACUUUAUCCUUCUGAUCAAGUCAAUAUUGACUAUAAUCUUCGUAACAUGAGUCUUAAUCUUGAUAAUCAAGAAAAAUAUGGUGAAGUUCUCGAUUAUCAACAACAAACGUUGAAAAAUCCAGAAAAACUAAAUCCAUCUAGUCAUGUCAAUACGGGUGAAAGUUUGUACAGCAUUGAUACCGCUUAUCUUGAACAAGAAAAGCAUCGCAAAAUACAUAAUCAUUAUCAACCAACAUUGAAAAUUCAAGAAAAAGGUAAUAUGUUGGAUGAAUCAUUGAAUAAAACUUCAAUUUACAGUUCAAUAGAACAUUUUCUUUCUUUACGAUAUGAUUUAUCAAAUAAAAAAAUUCUUUCAAAACGAGUCAAACGUUUUUAUGAACGUCAAAAUGCUAUCAUUGAUAAAUAUGCUUAUGUUCUAAAUCAUACAGAACAAAUUAUUGAUCAAACAACAAUUAAACUUAAAAAACAUGUUCAAAUUUUAACAACUAUUUCACUUAUUAUUAAUAUUUUUUUAUUUUUUAUUAAAAUUAUAGCUUCAAUUCUAUCAAAUUCAUUAUCAAUUAUAUCAAGUGUUAUUGAUUCAGCAGUUGAUCUUGUUUCAAGUAUAAUUCUAUUUUGGACAACAUAUGCUAUACAACAUCGAAAUCAAUAUAGAUAUCCAGUUGGACGAACACGACUUGAACCAGUUGCUAUUAUUAUACUUUCUGUUAUUAUGUGUUCAACAUCAAUACAAAUACUUUCUGAAGCUAUUAAACGAUUAUUUAUUUACAUUCAAUAUAUUACAAAUCAUACAAAUAAUAUAUCUGAAGUGAAUAUGAAUAUUAGAAAACCAAUUCCAAUUAUUGUUAUGUGUAUAACAAUUGUACUCAAAAUUAUUCUCUACUUUUGUUGUCGUCAUAUUCCAGUCGAAACAAUUAAAGCUUUAGCACAAGAUCAUCGUAAUGAUAUUUUAUCUAAUUCUGUAGCACUUAUUUCUGGUCUUCUUACUGGUCAAGCAGUUUUAAAACAAAUCGAUUUACGAUUUAUUGUCAUAGAUCCAAUCGGAGCAAUAAUCAUUUCAAUCUAUAUUAUUAUUUCAUGGAUUCUACAAGCUACUAUACAUAUUCGUCAUUUAACUGGUAUAACAGCUGAUUCAGAUUUUCUUAAAUUAAUAACAUGGAUAGCUAUUAAUUUUUCACCACAUCUUACAAAAAUUGAUAUGGUAAAAGCAUUUCAUUUUGGUACAGAUCUUCUUGUUGAAGUUGAUAUUGGUUUACCAGGUGAUAUGCGAAUUCAACAAGCACAUGAUAUUGGUACAAAUUUACAAAUGAAACUUGAAUCAUUAUCUGAAAUUGAACGUGCUUUUGUUCAUAUUGAUUAUGAAUUUGAUCAUAAAGCUGAUGAACAUAAACAAAUUUAA